UCUACAGUGGUUAAACUGCGUUGACUGUGAUAAAUCUCUCUCUAGUUUCUAGCAAAUAUUUUACAUUCCCAUUUUACCCUCAUUCGUUUCCCCAAUUCCUCUUUCACUCCCUCUCUGAAUCUCUCUAUUUGUUAUAUAGGUAAUUUCAAGCUCAAAUUUGACGAACUCUGAUUCUAAAUCCCUAUUUUGUUUUAUUUAUUCAUCUCUCUCUCUCUGUCUCUCUCCAUCGCUGAAUCUGGUCUUGGGAAUUUUCUUGUACUGAGGGUUAUCGAUGUAAUUUUGAUUUGAAUUUUGCGCAAAUCUCCAGGUGCUUUUACUUCAAGCUCUCUCUCCUUCCUUCUCUCUUUCAACUUUCACUUUGAAAUGUUUAGUUUAAAAUUUAACCGACAACCCUGCUUCUUCUUCUUCUUCUUCUUCUCCUUUUUCUUUCUUGGGAGGAGUUCAGUAUUAAAGAUUCAGUAUGAAAUUUGGGGAUGAACAUAAAUUAGGGUUUCGGAAGGUUGUUGUAACUCUUAGUUUGUUUUGUUUGUUGAAGUUGUUGUAAGCUCUUUUUCGGGUUUUGCUUUUUUUUUUUUUUUCGAAGUUUGGUGUGAUUUUUUGUUGUUGUUGUGAAUCCCAAGCGAAAUGAAGAGGUUGAGAUCGAGCGAUGAUCUCGAUUCCUAUGGCGAGAAGAAUGUGGGCAAAGAAUCCCUCGGCAUCAAUCGCUCGUCUUCCUCUGCUCAUCGUGGUGGAGGCGGAGGCUUCUACCAUAAGUCAUCGGCCGACAGCAACGUCGUGCGCAAGGGGCUGAUCUCGUCGUCGACGUCUUCUUCGUCCCGGUACGACCGAGACAGGUCGUCGUUUCUGCCCGAGGAUGAUGGUGGAAAUCGCGAAACCUACAGGCCGCUUUCUCGCAAGAGAUUGGAUCACGAUUGAGGGUUUGAUCGGAGGAAAGGGUUUGAUAAUCGAUAUCGGGAUGAGAGGAUUCACCGGUCGGAGAGCUUUUGCGUGUCGAGGAGGGAGUUUCCCAAGGGGUUUCGGUCAGACCGGGAGCGGCCGAGGAGGGAAGGGAGUGUGUCGUCGUGGAGGAGAUUUGGCAGCGGAGUGAAGGACUUCGGGUUGGAGGAACGGGAGAGAGGGAGUGUGAGGCCGAGGGAGAGGGAAAGGAAGGAUGUGAAGUCACCGAGUUGGUCAAAGGAUUCAGGGAGCGAGCAGUCAAGAAUGAGAGGGGGAAUGGGUGUGGAUUCAAGGGAUUCCAGGUCCAAGUCAAAAUCUAAGUCUAGGUCCUCGAGGUCUCCCACAUGUUCCAAGGAUUCAGGGAGUGAGCAGUCAAAGAGUGUGGGGGAGGUAAUAAAGAAGAACGUGGAGGACGCGCAGGUCCAGAGCGGGAGUAAUAGUGAGAUGGAGGAAGGAGAGCUGCAGCCGGAGCCUCAAGCUGAGACCAAAAUGGAUACUGCUGUGGAGUGUGGAGAUGAAGGGAAGAAGCCACCUGUUAUUGGGUCUGAUGGUUAUCAGAGAGAGUCCAAAAUUGAAAAUACCUGUAGGGAAAUAGUACUUCUUUGUGGUUUUGAUGGUGAUCGUAGAGGAUCCAAUGUUGAGAGAGCUAGUAAGGAAGUUGAAAAUGAGGAUGCAGAUCAAAUGAUGGAGGGUGCAGAGAAAGAGGACAAUAAGGGAAGCGCAAGUGAAGGGAAGCAUGUAGUGAAGGACGUUGAUGAAUUGGUGGAUGGUGACGAGAAACCGAGUGAUAAUGAUAGAGCUGGUGGGAAUGGAGAUGCAAUCAGAAAUGGAAGUGAUGAUGAAGGUCAGAAGGCCACAGAGUGCGUGAGGGAGAAUGGUGAAUGUAAGGUGGAAGAAAGUAUUGAUAUAGUUGUUGAGACGCCUGCGCAGUUGGAAAAGGAUCAAGUCCAAGAUAAAGGGAUUGAUCUCGAGGUCAAGGCAGAGGAAGUUGAAGGGUCAGAGUUGAACAAGGAAUUUGACCAGGAAAAUGGAGGACCAGAAGUGAAUAUGGAUGUUACAGAGGGUCUGAGCCAGAAUAUCAGAGAUAAAGGUAAAAGCAUUGCUGUUGCUCCUUCCCAUGUUGCUGAUUCCUCAGAAGAUGGUUUAUGGAUGGAAAGAGAAUCAAGAAAUCUUUUAACCUGCAGGGAUGGGAAUGAUGAUUUCGAAGGACCAAGUACUAGGGGCUUUGAGUUGUUCUCUAGUUCUCCUGUUAGAAGAGUAGAGAAAGCAGAGCAUUCAGGUGCUAAUAAACAGAUCGAUGAGAAGCUGGGGCUGGAGCUAUUAGAUCUUUCUCUCAGCUUACCAAAUGUAUUGUUACCUAUAGGUUCUCGUGGUACAAACCUCGCUCCAGGCUCUCCAAGCCGUGGUAGAAGUGUUCAGUCAUUCACAAAUACAUUCUGUACCAAUUCUGAUGGGUUUACUGCAUCAAUGUCCUUCUCAGGUUCUCAGUCAUUCUAUCAUAAUCCAAGUUGUUCGCUGACACAGAAUUCACUGGACAACUUUGAACAGUCUGUUCAUAGCCGUCCUAUAUUUCAGGGAGUAGAUCAAGUUUCUCAAGGAUCUUUUCAAGCACAAUCUCAUAAUGAAUCUAGACAUAAGGAAGUUCCUAUGUAUCAAAGAAUUCUGAUGAAUGGAAAUGGCUCUCUUCAUCAGUCACAAGCAUUACAGUGUAUCUCUAAUGGGCAAAAUGCACAAGGGCAGCAUAUUAGAGUUGUGGAGGGAAGCUCGAAGGUAACCAAUGGACUUGAUAAGCAGUUGAGUUUUCAUGAACAGAAUGAUGUUAGAUCUCCUCCACAGAGUGUGGGUUCUCAUGAAAUUGGUUCAAAUUUUAGUUUUGAUAAAAAGAGAGCAAUCAGAGAGAAGCACGGUGGUAGCUUAUAUAGGAGUAGCAGCCAGAAAGAACAAGAUCAGCUCCUGAUUGGUGGAGCUGAUUUUGUUGAGACAGUUAUUUGCCGGAUGAUUUCUGAUCCUAUCCACCUGAUGGCCAAAAAAUUUCAUGAAAUGACAGGACAAUCUAUAGGUUGUCUGAAGGAGAGCAUUCGGGAGAUCAUGGUAAACGUGGAUAAGCAUGCGCAAUUAUAUGGAUUUCAGAAUGCACUGCAGAAUAAGUCUGACAUUACCUUGGAGAUGCUGGUUAAAUCUCAUCGUGCUCAGUUGGAAAUAUUAGUUGCUCUGAGAACUGGUCUACCUGACUUCCUCCGGUUAGAGAAUAGUAUUUCAUCGUCUGAGUUGGCUGAGAUCUUUCUGAACUUGAGAUGCAGAAAUCUUAUGUGUCGGAGUCUUUUGCCUGUGGAUGAGUGCGAUUGCAAAGUUUGUGCAAGGAGGAAUGGUUUUUGCAGUGCUUGCAUGUGUCUUGUUUGCUCAAAGUUUGACAUGGCAUCUAAUACAUGUAGCUGGGUUGGGUGUGAUGUCUGUCUUCACUGGUGCCAUGCGGAUUGUGGCUUACGGGAUCGUUAUAUUAGGAAUGGGAGAAGUGCUACUGGGCCUCAUGGAACAACUGAAAUGCAGUUCCAUUGUGUUGCUUGUGAUCACCCGUCCGAGAUGUUUGGCUUUGUAAAAGAGGUUUUCCAGAAUUUUGCAAAGGAAUGGACACGGGAAACACUUUCCAAGGAGCUUGAAUAUGUCAGGAGGAUUUUCUCUGGUAGCAAGGAUUUGAGAGGGAAACGACUACAUGAAAUUGCUGAUCUGAUGCUGGCAAGAUUGGCAAAUAAGGCUGAACUUUCUGAGGUUUACAAUCAUGUCAUGGAUUUUCUGGCAGAGUGUGAUUCUUCCAAGUUCGUCAACGCCCCAGCUUCAUCUGGUAAGGAACAGGGAAAACCCAGCAAUGGGAUUGCAGGGGCUAGCCAGGAUACUUCAUGGCGCAAUUCUGUUUAUCCAGAUAAAGCACCUCAACUGGAAGGAUCAUCUAGCAUGCGACGAAGCUUCAAUGAAUGCACUGAUAAACACCCUGUUGACUUGGAACUCGAAAGAAAUGCUCACAAGGAACCUCUUUUUGAUGAACUUGAGAGCAUUGUGCGAAUCAAACAAGCAGAGGCUAAAAUGUUUCAAUCACGUGCAGAUGAUGCUAGAAGAGAAGCAGAGGGGUUAAAAAGAAUUGCAAAUGCGAAAGCAGAAAAAAUUGAGGAAGAGUAUAGGAGUAGAAUCACAAAACUGCGGUUGGUCGAGGCAGAGGAAAUGCGUAGGCAGAAAUUAGAGGAGUAUCAAAGUCUUGAAAGAGCACAGCGGGAAUACUUCAGUAUGAAGAUGAGGAUGGAGGAAGAUAUUAAAGAUCUUCUAUUAAAAAUGGAAACAACAAAACGGAAUCUGGCCUUGUGAUUGUAUGUAGUUUAACAGAAUUUUCAUGUAGAACUGCCUCAGUCUCAGGUAAAAAUUUAAGACAUAGUUGCAGAAGGAACAAGGAAAAGGAAGCUUGUUGUAGUAAUGCACACAGCAUGGUUCUUAUUUUCUGAAGUCAUUUGGUCUUUAGGUGUAUCUUUGCGAUGUAGGUUCUAUUUUCUCUUUUUUUUUUCUUUUCUCAAUUGCUAACAAAAAUCUGUACAGAGAUCAAAACAAACAUCUCAUCAUGUUAUAAAAAAGCUCCUCUUCUUUAUCGAA